AUGUGGAGCCAUCUAAUCAUUUUAAGCUGUUUCAUUCUUAUUUCUCAUGCCGCUAGCAACUACUUGGAAAAUAGCAUAGUUGGAACUCCCAAAGUAAUAUGUGAGGAGAAUGAUCUGGCUUUGGACAUCGUAACAGCAAAACCUUUUCAAGGAAACAUAUUUGUGAAGGGGCGAGCCAAAGAUAAAUCUUGUCGUCAAUCGUAUGCCAACAAUGGAACUAAUUCAUAUUCUUUGCCACUUGGAAAAUGUGGAAUGCAACGCUUACGCUCGGCUAAUCCACGAGGAAUCAAUUUUAUGGUUACCGUCAUUGUUUCUUUUCACCCUGCUGGUUUCAUAACCAAGAAUGAUAGGGCUUUCCAUGUGAAAUGCUUUUACAUGGAGCCAGAUGAGAUUGUGACUCAGGGUAUUGAAGUCAGUAAUAUCCCAACAACGGAGCUCUCAGAUUCCAUGUCAAUGCCAAAAUGUGAAUAUUCUGUUCGGCGUGACUCUCCCAACGGACCGACACUUACAUUUGCUAAUGUUGGAGAAACCGUUUUCCAUGUGUGGGAAUGUAGUCCAGCAGAUAUGGGAAUGCUUGUCAAAAAAUGUUUCGUUACUGAUGGAGAUGGGGAAGAUCACGCUGUUGUAGACUUUGAUGGAUGCUCCACCGAUUCUUUCCUUCUAAGUGAGUUGCAAUAUGAUCAAAACUUAAUGAGGGCCCAUGCUACUAGUCAAGUUUUCAAAUAUGCCGACUCUAAUCAGUUGUACUUUACUUGUCAAGUUCGUCUUUGUCAGAAACAGAUGGGAAUGUGUCAGGAUGUUACUCCACCUAAAUGUGGAGCCGAUCGAGAAGACCUUAUUAAUGAAGUGAAUCGUACUCGUAGAUCUGUUGAUACUCAUUCUGAUCUUGAAAUCGAUGUUGCGACACGAGAGCUAUUAGUAUUAGAUACAGAAGAACGGAAGCAACUGAACAGUGGAUCCCUUUGCAUACCCAAAAUGGUUGCACCUUUGCUGCCGUUGAUUGUUAUAACAAUCAUUUCUGUUUCUGUCUCAGCGACACUUCUUAUCUCACGCGUUAGACAAGAGAAAAAACUUUAUUUGCCUUAA